AUGCCAUAUUUAUCAUAUAAUCAACAACAAUUUAUCGGAAAACCACAACAAUUAUCCUUCACAAAUGAUGAUAAUAGUACAAAUGAGAAUAGAAUAAAGUGCAUACGGAAGUUGAAUGAGGUUCAAGACAACUUGGAAAGCUUUAAACUCAAUGGUGUUGAGUAUAACACAACAAUAACUACUACUACUUGUAGUAGUAAUAGUCACAGCAUAAAUUGUCAUCAAACUAAUUUCUUAUGGAUGAACAAGCAUAUUCAUGAGGACAAUAUUGGAGUUGGUGUAAAUGACAGCCCUUUGUCUGAUCUAUACACCCGCGAUAAUCGUUCAUUCUGUUCCUCUUCACUUAGUGAAAAUAUAUCAAAUAAAGAAAAUCAAUUGAUUAAAUCAACUGAAAAAAUUUACCCCAAUAGAAAUCAAAAAUCAUUUCAAUCAAUAACUGGGGAUAUAAAACAUGAUCAGAGUGAAAAUCAUGAUUUCAUUGUAUUGAAUAAAAAUAAAUUGAUUAUUAAUGAUCAGUUUGUAAAAACAAUGAAUUUAUUUGUUCAUAAUAAUCAAGUUGGUGAUAAUAGUGUACCUAACCAUGAUAAUGAUGGCGGUGGUGGCGGUCAGGACGACGAAGACGACAUCGGUGGAAUUGAUUGUAAUGAUAAUGAAGCAAGACAUAAUUCUGUUCAUUUGGAUGAAUUUAACAAUACCACAUUAAAUACUGAUCAUGAUAAUGACUUUCAUGAGACCAAUUCUCCUUCCUCUCAUGAUAGAUUUAUUCAUUUAUUAAAUCAAUCUCAUUCAUAUGAUUCACCAUUACAAGCUGGUUGUUGUGGUAUAGCUCCAAGUGUAGCAUCAUCAUCAUCGUCAUCAUCAUCACCAUCAUCAUCACAAGCAAGUGAAGAUGAUAGUGAAAGUAUAUCUGGUCACAGGGGAAUAAAUCAUUUAACUGAUAAUAUUGAAAAUGGAUUAAAUUCUACUGGAAAUAAUACAUUAGGAAUGAAUGCUAAUGGAAAUAAUGGCGGUGCAAAGCGUAGAGGUCCACGUACAACUAUCAAAGCAAAACAAUUGGAUACACUUAAAACAGCGUUUGCAACUACUCCAAAGCCAACAAGACAUGUUCGAGAGUCUUUAGCUCAAGAGACUGGACUUUCAAUGCGUGUGAUUCAGGUAAUACUUGAUUACUUACUGUAUUAUUAUUUUUUUUCUUUACUGAUGAUACAUCUAUACUUGUAA